GAAGUGGGACAGAGUGCAAACUGCACCUGUCACACGGGCGGAUUCAGAGGCACAGCAGCGUUUAAUGAGCCACUGCAAGACUGUGUAUAGAAAGACUACUGUAAGCUGGUGGUAAGGUGUCAGGUCUGUUGUCCACAGAGCUGCCAUGCUGAGGAGAGGCAGGAACGGGCGAGCUCGACACGUGGCCUUGACUGAAACACGGCACGAGACAGAUGCCAUGGCAGUGAUCCAGACAUCGGACAGGGAGGAGUGGGAGGGCCGGACGACUACACAGAUCAGCGACCCGCAGGAGUCUGAGGUGGAUUAUCUGUCCAGUUCUCAGAUGGAGUCUGAGGCGGUGGCCCUGCCCAGCACGGAGCCAGUGAUAGGGGAGUCCUUCUGCCAGUGUGAGCGACAGGAAGAGUUCAGCCCGGGCUUUGGUGUCACCAGUGACUGCCUCUGUGGGGAGGAGGAUCAGGGUUUUGAUUGGGUGUGGGAUGAGCACUUUAAGUCUUCUGGAGCCUUCCUCAACUGUGACAGUAGGAAGGUGACCUUUCACUCCGACUACAGCUGCGGCACAGCGGCCAUCCGUGGCACCAAGGAGCUCGCAGACGGCCAACACUUCUGGGAAGUGAAGAUGACAUCUCCUGUCUAUGGAACUGACAUGAUGGUGGGGAUAGGGACCUCAGAGGUGAACUUGGAGAAGUUCAAGUACAGCUUUGGCAGCCUGCUGGGCCAUGAUGAGGAUAGCUGGGGGCUCUCAUACACAGGUCACUUCCAGCACAAAGGGGACAAAGUGAAGUUCUCCACUCGGUUUGGUCAGGGCUCCAUCAUCGGAGUUCACCUAGACACCUGGCACGGCACUCUGACCUUUUACAAGAACCGAUACUGCAUAGGUGUCGCUGCCACGCGCCUGCAGAACAAGAAGUUCUUCCCCAUGGUUUGCUCCACAGCAGCUAAGAGCAGUAUGAAGGUGAUCCGUGCCUGCUACACACCCACCUCCCUGCAGUACCUCUGCUGUGCCCAGCUCCGCCAAGUGCUGCCCUCCUGCCCAGACGUACUGAAUGCUGUGGAGCUCCCCCCCGGCCUGCGGACCCUCCUCCACACACAGCUCGGCUGGGUCUUCACCCUCAGCAGCAGCAGCCCGGAGCCUGACUUACCAGAACACCUGGACUUGAAUGAGGUCUUCACGGAGGAGAUUUGUCGGCCUUCCAGCCCUGUCCCGAGUCCAGUUUGCACCCUGAGUGCCUGCGCCUCCCCAAGCCCCUGCAACAGUCCACUUCCUGACUCUGUCCCCUACCCGUGCCCAUGUCAGACGUCACUGCAGACUCAACCCUGCACAUGCCACUGCCCUCCCACUCCCCCCAGCAGUGACUACGACAGCUGCUGCUCCGAGCCAGAGGAUUACCAGUGCAAAAGAUGCCGCUGGACAUGACUCCGCUGUAAAAACUUUUAGGUUUUAAUUUCAUGGCAUUCAAACAAUGAACGGGCGAAAUAAGAAACUAUAAAGGCAGUGAGACAUUCAAGGGAAUUGGGAUACCAGGGUUCUCAUUUUAUCCAACAUCUAUACGCGGGUCAAUGAGAACCAUUUGUACUGCACCUUUUCAUUUUUUAUUUAUGCCAACCUAAGAGCAUUUCAGGUAAAACUGUUCAGAAGGAUAGAGUCCAGACAGGACAGGAACUGCUUUUUUGAUACAGAAGAAAUGACUUUUUGUACAGUUAACAUGUUGUAUUAUCAGCGUCUGGCUCAAAUACCAAAAGUUGUUUGGUAACCUUGCCGACAAGAUGAUUUGUUUUUCUAUAUGCAGUUUGUAAUGAACUUUCUUACUCAGGAAAUUCUGUAAAAUAAAACCAAAAUGAGAA